AUGGAAGGGCUUCUGGUGAGCGCAGCAACGGGGACAUUGAAGGCCGUCACCGUGAAGCUGGCAACUUUGCUUGGUGACGAGUUCAAGAACAUGAAAGAUGUGCGCAAGGAGAUCAACCCUCUCUCUGAGGAGUUUAAUUGCAUCCAUGCCUUCCUCGUGGAGAUGUCGAAGGAGGAUAAUCUUACUGACAAAGAAAAGAUAUGGAUGACUAAGGUGCGGGAGAUGUCCUAUGACAUUGAGGACAGCCUCGAUGACUUUAUGAUUCAUAUUAAUAAUGACGACAAGUCUGCUAAGGCGAACGGCCUGAGCCUGAUAAAGAAGUGCAAGAGGUUGUUGGAUAUGAUGAAGGCGCACCAACAGAUCUCCAAGGCUGUACAUGAUUUUAAGACACGGAUCAAGGAGGUGGGAGACAGGAUCCAGAGAUACAGAACUGGUGUCAAGAGCACCUGCAGGGACCCCAAUGAGGUGGUUGACAGUCGAGCUCUUGUUAUCUUUCAGGAAGCAUCAGAGCUUGUGGGCAUCGAUGAGCCUAAGAAUGAGUUGAUCAGCUUGUUGACAGAAGAUGGAUCUUCAUCUCAGCAUCAGGUGAAGGUGGUCUCCAUUGUUGGAUUUGGUGGACUAGGCAAGACAACACUUGCCAACCAAGUGUUCCAGUCACUUAAUAAUAAAUUUGAUUGUCACACCUUUGUAACAGUGUCACGAAAUCCUGACAUGAUGAAAGUAUUGAGAACUAUUCUCAGUGACAAUAGUGGGCAAGAGUACACUAACACACAAGCUGGGGAUGUACAACAUCUUGUCAAAAAAAUAUCCAAUUUCCUUCAAGAUAAAAGUAUAUUCCGAGAAGAUUACGAGAUUCGAAAGGAGCGAUUGGUACUAAGAUGGAUUGCUGAGGGAUUCAUUCGUGAAGAUGGCUUCACCCAAUAUGAGCUAGGGGAGAAGUGUUUCAAUGAGCUCAUAAACAAAAGCUUGAUUGAGCCAUGGACUUCAAAAAGAUCGGGUACACUGAUCUCUUGUCGAGUUCAUGACACAAUUCUUGAGUUCAUUGUGUCCAAGGCUAUGGAAGAAAACUUUGUUACUCUAUUUGGUGUUCCAAACAUAACAGUUGAUCCACGAAGGAAGAUUCGGCAUCUCUCUCUCCAGACAGGAAUGAAGUCGGUGAUGAUGGAUUCAGGAACAUGCAAGCCUUGCAGUGGUUGGAAGACGUCAGUCUGGAGUCAGAUACCUAACUUCACGCAGGAGCUCUGUCAGCUAAGAAAUCUAAGAACACUAAGGGUAUGGACAGAUGUGUUUACCAAAGAUUUGGCCUCAUCUCUAUGUACACUUGGUAUGGGAAGCCUAAAUUCUUUGACUAUAGGAACCAACGAAGAGUCCAUGAACUUUGUGAUGGAGCCAUGGAACCCCAGCCCCAUCAACCUCAAACUACUUGAAAUAUUGGGUAUUCAGCUCCCGAGGAUCCCUAGAUGGAUCGGCUCACUUGACAACCUGCAGCAUUUGGGGCUCAAUGUUGACCAACUUGGGCCUGCAGAUGUUGGUUUACUCGGGCGCUUAAGCGCUCUGUCGAGCCUCUGUCUCUGGGUAAUGAUUGAAGUAGCCGACAGAUUAUCCUCUUCUCAAGAAGCACAACGGGUUAAGAUCAGUGGGGCACAUGGAUUCCCAAGCUUGAGAAUGUUCUGA